UGUGCUGUUUCCUCGGUACCUGUGAGAUGUACUGGACCUUGCUGUGCUGUUUCCUCGGUACCUGUGAGAUGUACUGGACCGUGCUGUGCUGUUUCCUCGGUACCUGCGAGAUGUACUGGACCUUGCUGUGCUGUUUCCUCAGUACCUGUGAGAUGUACUGGACCUUGCUGUGCUGUUUACUGUUUCUGGUGAGCUAGAAGCAGGUACACUGAUAAAAGUCAGUGGAUGCACUUACUCGCUAUUCACACUCGAGUUCCCCAGAGCUAACCUUUAGAGAAAGUAGGCGCAGGUUGCUAGGAUACAGACUGUCUGGCAUCCCAUGCUGCAGACUCUUUAUUUUUGUAUUUUAGACACCAUUAAAACAUCAUUUUGAAACAUUCAUAAAAUACCACCUGCAAUGAUAAUCGUAUAGAGUACAACAAAUAUAUGUACAGAUCCUGCCCCUUCCUAUCACUAAUAGCAACACCCCGCACUGAUGAUGAACACAUGAAGAAUAACUUGGGUUUUACACUGUGUACUGCUCUUGAAGACUGACUGAUUUGGAUGGGAACAAGGUUUCUUUUGAUAGAAUAAUGUGUUUUCAAGGCAUGAGUGUUUCGUUACCAAUGCAAAGAGUAUAAAAGCAUUGUGUAGGAGCCAUUUCACAACACAGCUAGUUUUAAUAGCAUGAAAGCACUGCAAUGAUCCCACAGACACACAAGCCUCAAAUAAAGAGCAUGAUCACGCGCGCUGUCGAAGAGCGAAUAUUCACCCAGUAUCCUGCACUGUUGUGAUUUAUUAUUACUACUUCAUAUUCUGAAGUGGUGCAAAACAUCUGAUGAAACUGCACACAUUAAUACACAGAGUCCCCUUCCCAUCCUUGUGUGGGCUUCCUCAGAAAGGAGUGCACUGGUCUGUGCAUUAGUCAGCGCUGAAGAGAACUGAUAUGAAUUCCUAUUACAAGCAGCUGGAUUUCCAUGUGGCUGAUGUUACUGUAGAAUAGGAGACAUGUUUUAAAGGCAGAUGGUCUGUAAGCUGGAAGAAAGUCAGUCACCGUGCGUGACGUCUUCUGCAAAUGUAGCGUUUUGUGGACUGGGUUGAUGUUUUAUCUUUCCGAUUACUCAAGAAUACCUCCUCCCACACACACACAGACUGCUGCUUAAAGGUGGCAACAGCUUCAUUUCUACCCAGCAAGGAAACAAAAGAAAUGAAUAGGUCACAGGCAUCCCUUUAGGGAAUAAUCAGAAAAAACACUGAGGAGAGACUCGUCCGCACAUUGAAGUACAUCAGCUAAACAAAUACUCAGGCUUUCCAAAGCAGCAUCAAAGGCAGCUUAACAUCAGAAGAUACAGCUGCAAAGCCGCAUGUCCUUUUACCCUCAAACUGAGGAUUGGAAUGAAGACCUUUGAAAGCAGACAAUGAAAAUGCUUGCCGACACACACUUGCUUUAGAAGACGGAAAAGGGAUUUCUUUUUUUUUCUUCUUUCUACAAUAAACAGCUAAAGACACAGCGAUAAAGACAGCAACAUGGGAAUCACUGUGCAAAACAUCACAGCCACCUCUGCCACAGUCAUGUGGCCUGCCUCUCCGAGCUGUGUGGACAGCUUCUACAGCAUCAUGUACCACCCGAACUGGAACAAUCUGCUCACAGGCUACUCCAGGAAGAACUUCCUUAAGGAGGACAAAGUUCCAACUGAACAGACCUCCACUAGCUUGUGGAACCUGAGUCCACAGACCAGCUACAUCCUGUGUGUCACAUGCCAGUCGGCCAACCCCUCUGGUGACCAGUGCAGAGUCUUCAGCACCCUGGGCCAGGACCCCUCCUCCUCGCUGGGUAGUGGCAGGAAGGAACUGGCCAUGGGCAUCUGGCUGACCAGCAGCCUCCUUCUGCUCAUUAUCGCUGGUAUCCUCUUGUAUGGCUGCCUGCACAUCUGGUGCGGCAAACAGCAGGAUAACCCAGAGGGGACCUUCGCCGGCCCAGAUCUGCCAGACAAGAGAGAGGCUGCUGCAGACAGUCUCUACACGCAUGACAACACUGGAGAAGAUGCCCAAACGGCUACCAUAAUAGAGAACCCCUUUACUUCAUCAGAGUCGUCUCCCCGCAGCGACAGAAAUCGAGAGCUGGUGCCCCUGGCAUGUAAACACAUGGACACCCCUUCCCAGAGCCUUUGAAAACAGAAUCAAUCCAAGAUCUGCAGGGACACCUACACCCUGCAGCCAGUUUACAAGGUCUCACUGACUGUCAAAAAUGUGUCUCUUGAAAUGCCUGUUUCCUCCCUUGGGUGUGGGGUAUCAUCUCUAAUGUCAUGGGAAAUGCCCUGAGUACACACUUUUGAAACUGGCCAUAUCCUCCUUAGAAGUCUUUCAAAAUGUACAUUGUCUGCAUUUUCAGAGAAGAAUAAAAUAAAGAAUAAAAAGUAAAACCAGCAAAAAACUACUGUAGGAGGGAUUCUCAGUAAACUGAUUCAUUAUUGGCAACCCAACUAAUUCACUAAGUAGUGAAAAAACUGUGCAAGUUUUACGUCAUUCAGGAGUUUGUUUGCUGCAAGUACAAGAAGUCACAGCAAAGACAGCAACAGUGAGGAGCCUUCUCAAAGACAUAAAAUUAUUAUAAAAAGCAUGGCUUUUUUCGGAAAAUCAAUCAAGGACUUUUACAGAACCAACUCAUAUUUGGAAAAGGUUUUUACCUACAAUGGCUAACUUAUAUGGAGCAUGCAAUACAGGCCCCUACUUGUUAAAGACUACAUAAACCCAGCAACAAAAGAGCACAACAUUCUCAAGGCCCAACAGCGCUGCUCUUUGACUGAAGGAAACCAUCAAGCAAACCUCCGCUGCUAUAAGAGAAGUGGUGACAGCCUGAGAGCCCAGGACCGGGGACAGAAGCACAAAGACUGACUUCAUCCCACUGGAGAAUCAAAUCACAGAAAGGGUUUCACAGAGCAAUUCAACGACUCAAGUUCCACAACUAGACAGCAAAUGAGUCAGUGCCGCCAAGGACUGCGGAGUAUUAGCUAUGCCUCAAUCUCCACUGUCAACUGAGUAAAACUAGAGCUGCAGAAUUUGAGAAAAGCAACUUUUAAUGAACCUUUUAAAGCAACUGAAAAGUUAGUCUACCUCAUGUUAUUUACAUGAAGAGCUUUUAAGUAAACUUGCUAUCUGUAGACAAGUAUAUUUAGAGAAGUUUGAAGGUUUGAUGCUAUUGGUUCUUUUUGAUGCAUGGCACAUGCUUAAGAAUUAUUUCUGACUUCUGAGAUUUCUAUUCUUUCAUAUUUCUGUACUCAACAAACCGCUGCUAUUAGUUGAACUUUCCUUGUGUCUGGUGUGGAAGUUCAUAGUAUGUCCUUGAUCUCUUCUUACUUAAAUAAUAUUUCAGACUGAAAACGUCUCAAUUGUUCCUAUACUACUCGCAGCAAUACAUCAAUUUACACACUGCAAAAAUACUUUGCUUGUACGGAAAAACUUUCGCUCGAAGACUGUUUUUCCAAAACUGUUUGGGCGUAAUUAAUAUUAGAGAGCACAUUUUUAACCUGGCUUCGAGAAUGUUCUAGGCUAAGGUAAGAAAUUAAUUCAAAUUUUUAUAUUAUUUACAAAAAAAUGCUGUUUUUAUUUCUGUGUACAUGUUUGCCAAGUUCUCAGUAAGGGAAUUGUUUUAAA